AUACGACAUAGCGCAACAGCUCAGGACAAGUCCUAAUUCUUCAUCAGUGUGGGCCCAGGCUUGAACAGUGUCCAGGAUAACUAUGCAACUCAAAGGGAAGACAGCAUUUCUCACAGGAGGUGUAGGGGGAAUUGGCAUUGCAUUUGCGCAAGCGUUGUUGGAUAAAGGCUGCAAGGUGUGUAUCACCGACAUCAACGCAGAUGCUGGCAGGAAGCUGGAGACACAGCUGAGGCGCAAGUACCACGAUAACGUAGUGUUUAUACAGUGUGACGUCACUAGUGCCAGCAACAUGGAAGAUGUUUUCAAGACGGCGGUGGCACGGUUCGGGUGUGUGGACAUAAUGCUGAACAACGCAGGCAUCAUGCACGAGGGACGCUGGGAGGACAUGAUCAGCAUCAUGAUGCGGGGUACUGUGAUCGGAACGGAGUUAGCCAUUGCUCACAUGAGGAAGGAUAAAGGGGGUAGAGGAGGGGGUCGUAAUCAACACAGCGUCUUGUGCAGGUAUCUACGUGUACUUCACCACACCCGUCUACUGUGCUGCAAAAUCUGGCGUCGUCGCUCACACGCGAGCUUGGGCGGACAUCCCGGACCGGGAACAGCUCGGCCUAAGGUUCGCUUGCAUAUGUCCGAAGCCAGUGGACACUCCACUGAUGGACAUCACGCGGGAGAGCGUGAAUUACUACCAAUACGAGUAUGAUGCAUGUCAACAGCAGGGGAGAAUGAAGACGGAGACUAUAGCUGAAGGUCUUGUGGGCCUCCUCGAAGAUGACGGCAGUAAUGGAGCUAUCCUCUUCAUCUCCAAAGAUGAGGGCUUUGCCAGAAAGAAGAUCUUGGUUGUCAAUGAGUCAGACUUGAAGCAUGCCUAGAGGCUUCACUGCAAGGAUAGGGGGUUUAGUUAUACCUACCUGUCUAAGUAUGAAUGAUAACUGAAGACAUCAUAAACAGGGCUUGGUUUUCAAAAGGUUUUAAACAGGGAGAGAGCAUAAGUAAACAAUUCAUUCAACAUACAGGGAAAACCAUGAUAAACAUUUGUAUGUAUCAAUAAACUAUUCUGUAUUGUCUGGCACUACAAUUCAGGUUAUGUUGUCUUGACUACAUGUCAGGUAUUCAUUUGUAACCUCAUGUAUCACUAAGUGGCAAUAACUCUCUCUAGAAAGGUUUGAAUUUCAGACAUGGGACUGAUUACAAUGUGAAGACUUAUAUCAGAAAUGGACACGAGACCAUGGCACAUAGUGUUGGGAGAAAGUGAUGCAGCAGUUCUUCACCGGGUUAAAUCUGGAAUCUGAACCCACACUUUCAUACACACUAGGCUUCUGGCAUGUUAUUUAAUGUAACAAUGAAGUUGCAUUCAUAUCCUCAAAACAACAACAACCCUACAGUUAUUUAGGCAACUCAAUUGCAUGCAAUACAACAAUUACUACUCAUAUGUUGUCAUCCAUGUUUGGUGGUAUAAACCUUCACCACAAAAUACAAGAAAACAAAAACAUCUUCA